AUGUCGGACAACGAAGAAGUGGUGGAGGAGUAUGAGGAAAUGGCAUUCUCAUUACGUGAUUACAUUUCUAAAUUCCUUCUGUGUGUAUUUCUCUGGCUGUGCGAUUCAGAAGAGGAGGCUGCAGAAGAGGAGCAGGGGAUAGAGGAGGAGGUGGAGGAGCAGGAGGAGGAGGCAGAGGAAGAGGCUGCACAGGAAGAAGGCAACCCCGCCGCAGAGGAGGAGCCCGGUGAAGAACAAGAUGGAGAAGGGGAAGCAGAGGAAGGAGAAGAAGAAGAAGCCAAACCAAAAUUCAAGCCAUUUAUCAUGCCAAACCUCAUCCCCCCGAAGAUCCCAGAUGGAGAGAAGGUGGAUUUUGAUGAUAUACAUCGUAAAAGGAUGGAGAAGGACCUGAUGGAACUUCAGACUUUGAUUGAGGUUCAUUUUGAGAGCAGAAAGAAGGAAGAAGAGGAGCUCAUUCAUCUCAAGGAGAGGAUUGAGAAGCGCCGUUCUGAGCGAGCAGAACAGCAAAGAAUCCGCAGCGAGAGAGAGAAAGAGCGACAGAAGCGUCUUGAGGAGGAGAGAGCUCGUAAGGAGGAGGAGGAAGCCAAGAGGAGAGCAGAGGAUGACGCUAAAAAGAAGAAAACCUUGACCAGCCUCCACUUUGGAGGAUACAUGCAAAAGCUGACAGAGAAACGGAGUGGUAAGAGGCAGACUGAGAGAGAGAAGAAGAAGAAGAUCCUGAGUGAAAGACGCAGAUCUCUGGACAUUGAGAACUUGAGCCAGGAGAAGCUCAAGGAGAAAGCGAAGGAGCUGUGGGAGUGGAUGUACCAGUUGGAGGCAGAGAAGUUUGAACUGCAGUACCAGUUCACCAGACAGAAAUAUGAGAUUAAUGUGCUGAGGAAUCGUGUCAGCGAUCAUCAGAAAACAUCCAAGAGGACCAAGAGAGGCCUAAGGAAAUAGAUGCUGAAAUGCAGAGUGAGCAGUGUAUCAUCAGUCCUGACCCGCAGCUACGACCGCAAACUAAGUCCUGGCUCUCCUGCCCCACUGUUUCCCUAAUACCACCACCUAGAGUACCAAUCAUAACCAGUUUUCUAGCUCCAUCUCAAUCUAUUGCUCUCCUCUUUUUUCACCCAUCCUUCGAAUUAGAUGCUCUGUGUUUGAUAGUGUAAAUAAAACCAAGUCAGUUUCA